UGGUGAAACCGGGAAACAACACACGUGCUUGAGAGCGGCCAUCAAACAACUGUCAGACUUAGUAAGUCGUGCAACAGCAAGUGGAAUCGGUUUAGUGAAAUGGAAAAUUCGCCACUAGAAUCUGUGAGGUCGUCGGAUGCUACAAUCAAUAAAAAGGCCAAAUGGAAAAAUCGUCAGAGGGUCCUUGUGUUUGCCGCUCGUGGAAUAAACCACAGAGAUCGGCACUUGAUGCGAGAUUUGAAAACGCUAAUGCCCCACCACCGGUCAGAGUCUAAAAUGGAACGCACAAAGACAUUAUCCGUUGUAAAUGAAAUGUGUGAAAUGAAACACUGCAACAAAGCACUCCUAUUCGAGGGAAGACGGAAGAAAGACUUAUACAUGUGGGCCGCAUGCGCUCCAAGUGGACCGUCCGUAAAAUUCCUCGUAGAAAAUGCUCACACCAUGGGCGAAUUAAAAAUGGCCGGAAAUUGUCUGCGCGGAUCGCGACCAUUACUGUCAUUCGAUAUGCAGUUCAAGAAAAUCCCACAUCUCAAUCUAAUCAAAGAAAUUCUCACACAAACUCUGGGAGUUCCAAAUCAUCAUCCCAAGAGUCAGCCAUUCUUUGACCAUGUCUACACCUUCACUUACCUGGACGACCGCAUAUGGUUUAGGAAUUUCCAGAUCUUAUCUGAGGAUGGUGGUUUAUCGGAGAUCGGCCCACGUUUUGUUCUCAAUCCUAUCAAAAUAUUUGAGGAAUCAUUUACUGGAAAGUGUCUGUGGCAAAAUUCCUCAUACGUUAGUCCGACCCGACAGAGACAAGAAAUCAAGAAAGCCAUGAAAGACCGUUAUGUGAACAGGAUGGAACAGAAGGUGUUGAAGGAAAGUAAUCCCGUUAAGAAUGCAUACAAAUUCAACGAGAACGAUGAUAUCUUUGAGACUUCGGAUGCCAUUAAGAAAGCGAAAGAAUAUGCAGAUAAUAGUAUCAGCAAGCAAGAUAAACAGAGGAAAGAACGGAAAAAUCAGAUGAAACAGAAACUAAAGAAGAAGAAAGCGAAAUGAAUAAUUGGAAUUGGCUCCGAAGUGGCAUUACCUUUUAUUGUAAAAUAAGAUUCAGUAUCGCUUUGUAAAAAUAAUGUUUCUUGGAAAUAUUUUUUCCAAUUUUAACUUUGUUAAUUAAAAUACCUACAUGGAAAAAUA